AUCUCAAACCAGCAAAACUCAUUUCCUCUUUGACUCCUGAGUCUCUCUUUGUUUCCAGACCAAAAAAAAAACCUUCAAUGGCAAUUGAUCUCGUUAGGUUCUCCAAGAUCGACGAUCGGACGGCCAUGGAAGAGGCCGCCUCCGCCGGCUUACAGAGCAUGGAGCAUCUCAUCCGUGUCUUGUCCAGUCAAACCCCGUCUCACAACAACCUCGACUGCCGUGAAAUCACCGACCUCACCGUCGCCAAGUUCAAGCAGUUCAUCUCCGUCUUGAACCGGACCGGUCACGCCCGCUUCCGCCGCGGACCGGCCAAGCAACCUAGUGAAUCUACCACCACCUCUUCUCCUCCUCCUCCACCUCCACCUCCUGCCAACCCGGUCCCACCAAAGCCUCAGGUUACUUUGUCUUUUGAAACCGGAAAUCCUAAUACCAAUACCAAUACCAAUACAAACACCAAUUCCAAGUCCAAAGACUGCCUCACCUUAUCUCCUCCCAUGUCCACAACGUCGUCGUUUCUUUCUUCAGUCACCACCGGAGACGGCAGCGUUUCCAACGGCAAAGUUUUCUCUUCAGCUGCCGUACCCCCGGCGCCGGCCUUCUCCGCCGGCAAACCCCCGCUCUCCCAAUCCCACCGGAAACGCUGCCACGACGAGCUCGCAACCAAAACGACAUCGUCCGGUCGAUGCCAUUGUUCUAAAAGAAGAAAAUCCAAGGUGAAGAGGACAGUCCGAGUACCGGCGAUUAGUUCGAAAAUCGCCGACAUACCUUCCGACGAGUUUUCGUGGAGGAAGUACGGCCAAAAGCCAAUCAAGGGCUCCCCAUACCCACGAGGCUAUUAUAAGUGUAGUAGCGUUCGAGGGUGUCCGGCAAGAAAACACGUGGAGCGCGCUCAAGACGACCCCACCAUGCUUAUCGUUACCUACGAAGCGGAGCACCGUCACCCUCACCCGCAGCAGUCAAGCUCAGUCCCGGCCGGUGUUGUCGGACUCGUGUUCCAAUCCGCCUGAAGAAGGAACAUUUGUUGCAAUGAUCGCGACGGUUGAAAAAGCGCCGUGACGCUGGAGCUGUGGCACGGCGGGUGACGUUAGAAGCCCACUGACAAAAGUCAAACAAAAAUGUCAAAAAUAUAGGGUGUAAUGGGAAAUGGGAAGGGGUAUGAUGUAAAUUACGAAAGAAAGAAGGGUGGAAUAUAAUUUUGUGGAUCUUGAACAUUAAAUUAAUUCAUUUUUAUCUUGAUUUUA